AUUUGCAUUGUCGGUGCUGCAAAAACCUAAUUUGACAAUAAAUUCUCCUCAGCCACAAACAUAAAUCUCCGGCCCCAUAACUCUGCUGCUCCUCCUCCCCACCACCAUAAAACCACACCCAACCACCACCAUUCCGCGGUGGUUGUUAUAUAUUGGAAACCACCGCCGCUGUAAUUUAUAAUUAUUUUUUUCCAAAGUUUAUUUCGUCACUCUCCAGUCUUAUCUUUUUAUUUUCUCAGGCCACCGUCAAAAAAUCUUGGGGUAGGGAUUUUCUUCUGCAAAAUGACGCAUUAACUCCUAAGAAAAAAUCCAGGUGGCGAUGCGGUUGCGCUACCCGACGAAACUCACCGUGACGGAGAAUUAAUUGCUGCUGUUUUUUUUUUUUUUUUUUUUCCUUGAUUUAUAUAUAUAAUGAAAUCCUCGGAGUUAUCACCUUUCCAAAGUAUUGCAAUGGCUAAGCACAAUGGUCGGAGCAAAGCGGCUUCUUUUCUCUCCGACGGGUUUCUCUUUGUCGCCGGAGCUAUGGUGGCGUUCUUCUUUGUUUGGGCCUUCUGGUCUUUCUUCGCCCCGGAUCCGUCUCCGGCUUUUACCACUUCACCUCUUUCCGGCAUGAAACAUGGUUCAGACAACACUCCGUCGCUGAACUGCGGCGGCGGCGGAGUCGGGUCGGGGCCUAACUUGAGGCAGGACCCGCCGGAGCAGACAUUCUACGACGACCCGGAGCUCAAGUACACAAUCGACGCGCCGGCGGUGCAGGACUGGGACGGGAAGAGGAGGGAGUGGCUGAAGCAGCACCCGACCUUCGCCGCCGGAGCGGAGGACCGGAUUUUCAUGGUGACGGGAUCUCAGGCGACGCCGUGCAAGAACCCCAUCGGCGACUACCUGCUGCUGAAGCUGUUCAAGAACAAGGUGGACUACUGCCGCCGCCACGGCAUCGACAUCUUCUACAACAACGUCCUCCUCCAGCCGAAGAUGUUCUCCUUCUGGGCCAAAACCCCCACCGUGAAGGCGGCGAUGCUGGCCCACCCGGAGGCGGAGUGGAUCUGGUGGGUCGACUCCGACGCGGCGUUCACCGACAUGGACUUCCUCCCGCCGAUGGACCGCUACAGAAACCACAACCUCGUCGUCCACGGCUGGCCCCCCCUCGUCGAGAAGCAGAGCUGGACCAGCGUCAACGCCGGCGUUUUCCUGAUCCGCAACUGCCAGUGGGCCAUGGAUUUCAUUGACACGUGGGCCACCAUGGGCCCACAGUCUCCCGAAUACGACAAAUGGGGCGAGAUUCUGAGCGCUACGUUCAAAGAUAAGAUCUUCCCGGAAUCCGACGAUCAAUCGGGCCUGGUUUAUUUACUUCUUAAAGAAAAGGAAAAAUGGGGGAAUAAAAUCUACGUGGAGAGCGAAUAUUACUUCGAGGGGUAUUGGAUGGAAAUUAUCGGCACUUUCGAUAACAUCACCGAGAGGUACACCGAGACUGAGAAGCCGGCGGCGGCGGCGGCGCUGAGGCGGCGGCACGGGGAGAAAGUGAGCGAGGGUUAUGCUACGGUGUGGGAGGACUACCUUAAGGAAGCUGGGCAAGGGAGGGGGAGCUGGCGGAGGCCGUUCAUCACUCACUUCACGGGUUGCCAGCCGUGCAGUGGGGCCCACAACCAGAUGUACUCUGGUCAAACUUGCGUCGAUGCGAUGCAGAGGGCUUUGACUUUCGCUGAUAAUCAGGUGCUCAGGAAUUAUGGGUUCGUGCACCCGGAUAUAGGUGAUCCCACCACUGUUAAUCCUAUUCCCUUUGAUUAUCCUGCUUCAAAUUAGAUAUAUAUCUAGCUUUUAAUUAUUAUUUUUUUUAUGUGAGGAAAAUGUAAUAUAUAUAGUAUGUAAUUGUGUGCGAACGUAUACGUAUAUAAGGUUUUUUUUAUUUACUAUCUACGGUGCUUUGUUUU